AUGGAUGAAAUUCCGAAACAUAAAAAACUUCGGCGGCCUAAACAGAAGUUGCCCCUCGCGCCCUGCUGGCCAGAGCUGGGACUGAAGCUUCCUGCUCUGCUGUUCUCAGACAGGAAGCUGCUGUUCUCAGACAGGAAGAUGCUGUUCUCAGAAGAUCAGAACCCCCUCCAGAACUUGGUGCCAAAGCCUCCUCGAUGCCCAGAGCCCAGCCGCAAGAGCAAGGCUGCCAGGAAGGCUGCAGGAGCUGAGAAGGACACAGGGGGCAACAAAGGGCCUUUGGCAGAGUCCUGGAGGGUUGUGGAGGACGCUGGAGCGGCUUAUCCUUCAGCCCUGGAUGACGAGCUGGCAGGACUAGGCAGGGUGGUGACUGGUGGUGCAUGUGCGAAGAUGCUUCCCGUCCCCCAGACCAGCUACUGUGUUCUUCCAGCAAUCAAAAGUUACUCUCGCCCAGUGGAACCAAUCAGAGCAUCGGCCUCUGAAACACCCGGGCCCCUGGGCUGCAGAGCCACACCAGAUGGAAGGGAGAGUGCGUACUCCUCUCCACCUGCGUCUCCACCUGCGUCUCCACCUGCGUCUCCACCUCCGUCUCCAUGCCGACCUGAGGCGCAGUCUCCAGGUUCUUCUCCACCUCCAACCUUGAAUGACCCUGUGACCUGGGAGACCACGCCCAGUCUUCUGUCAUCGGAGGAGACCGAGGACGACCGUUCUGUGUUGGAGGCCAUGAUGUCACACCCGUGAGUGCUCCUCCAAACGUCCCCUUUAGACUA